GGCCGCGUGGGUGGGCCGCUCUGACGCACCUCCCUGACAGCACCACAUCAUGGAGCUGCUGCGGUCGCAAGCCGAGGUGCUGCGGCCGCUGGCGGAGCAGCUGCAGCUGCUGGUCGGCGAGGACGAGCUGACGCGCACGCUGGUCCGCCUCGGCCUGGCCGAGGCCUCGCCCACCGGCGAGCGGACCAAUCACACGCCGCUCGCCGAGCAGGCGGCCAAUCACACGCCGCUGGCCGAGCGGGCGACCAAUCAGACACCGCUGUGCGAGGCCGGUCCACAAGACGACACCCCGCGGCUGUCGCUGAUAUCGGCCGUGACGCGGCCUCCCCUCAGCCGUGACAGUGAACUCGCCCGCCGCUGCCACCGCCUGUUCGAGUCGGGCGAAAACACCGAUCUGAAGUUUCCCGUCCUCGGAGACUCAGUGCUGCCGUCCCUGCUGGGCACGCCCAGUCCCGCCAUCUCUGAGAAGCAGCCGACAGUUCUGCUUGCGCACGCGCCGGUGGUGGCAGCACGGUCGGAGUGGCUGCGGCGCGCGCUAGCCUCCGGCAUGCGAGAGAGCAUAGACAAGCAGAUCUCUAUCUGCGACGCGUCGCCGGCCAUCUUCCGCUCGAUGCUGGAGUUUCUCUACUGCGGUCACGUGACGCCGGAGAACUGGCCACCGGAGCAGCUGAUGGAGCUGAUGGUGCUGGCCGACCGGUACGAGCUGGACGACCUGAAGCACUCGUGCGAGGCCCUGCUGGAGACGCACAUCGACGAGGACUCGGUCUUCUGUCUGCUCAGCAUCGCCGAGCAGUACAACGCACGCAAGCUGAAGAGCUCUGCGCUGGAGUUCGUCGCCACCAACCCGGAGGUGGUGCAGACGGAGCUGUUCCUGGAGCUGAGCCCCAGCCUGCAGGCCGAGGUGGAGGAGACGGCCGUAUGGGCGCCGCCCAGGGCGCACCUGGAGUGUGACGCCUCCCACAAGCGGCCCCGCCCGGCGCCGGCGUCGCCGGGCGACUCUGCCGAGGAGCUGGUCAACCUCACGCGCGGCAUCCACCUGCGAGAGACGUCGCGCUCGUCGUCGAGCUCGCAGGAGGAGUCCGGCCCGCCGGCCGGCGGCCGCCUCGAGGCGUGCCUGCAGCGGCUGCGCAGCAUCGUCGGCGAGGACGUGGCGCGCGCCGAGCUGAUCCGCGUCGUGCUCGCCGCCGACUACGACGUCAACCGGGCGCUCAACUUCUUCUUCUCGGCCUGAGCGGCGCCCGCGGCGAGGGCGCGCGUCGCCCUCUGCUCCGGGCUGGAGCGGCGUGGGAGUGUGCGGGAGCGGGACGCGACGUGGUGA